CUAAAAGAGGCGUUUCUACACAUGUCAAAUGUGAUUGUUAUGUGACAGAAGAAUCAUCUGAAUCGCAACACCAAUUCGACCACCAAGUUGUUCAUGCACCGUGGAUCCCGCUUCUUACAAAUCAUGUCGGACUCCAUCAAAAACGUCGCGAUAUUUGGAGCCACGGGAAUGACCGGGCUGGCGACCCUGCCGCAAGCUGUGGCUGCAGGAUACAAUGUGACAGUGCUGGUUCGGGACCCUGCCAGGCUGCCUGCAGACCACAGGGCGUCCAGAGUGGUGGUGGGCGACGUUGUUAAUAAAGAGGAUGUGAAGAAGGCCUUGGAGGGCCAGGACGCUGCAAUCAUCAUCCUGGGCACCAGGAACGACCUGAGCCCGACCACCGUGAUGUCUGAAGGCACCAAGAACAUUAUUGAAGUCAUGAAGGCUCGUGGGAUCCGUAAAGUGAUCGGCUGCAUGUCAGGUACAUCUUUCUGCUGGGAUCGUGCCAAAGUCCCACCCCGAAUGAUUCCUGUGACAGAAGACCACGACAGGAUGUACACAGCGCUGAAAACAUCUGGGCUGGACUAUGUUGCUGUGAUGCCGCCUCACAUCGGUGGUGAUCUUCCUCUGACGGGGAGUUACAUGGCGUCAGAGAACAUGCCGAAAGGAAGAGCCAUCUCUGCACUCGACCUGGGACAUUUCUUUGUCCAGUGUCUGUCCAACACAGAGUGGGAUGGCAAGACUGUGGGAGUCUGGGGAGAGUAUAAAUGAUCUUAAAUAACACAAUGCUGACCCCCUCUGGACAGCCGAGGGGUUUGUGUCUCUUCCCGUUACCCACAAUUUUAUUUUACCACCAAAAGACACUGGAGAAAAAAAAAACAUGUUUCAAACUACUAUCCUGUUUCUUUCUUGUGUCUGGAUUUUUAUUUUUUAUUUUAUACAAUUAUCAAAGUUUUCUUUAUACUUAUUCAGUUUCCUCGUCAGCUCCGGUGGGGGGGGGGGAUUUUAAUAUUGUGUGAUGCAGCACUUCACUGCUCUGAUUCAAAGCAGGCCUGUGUGUUUUUUUUAGCUGUUGAAAAUAAAAGACAGUAUUUUAAAAAUGAUGUGCAGAACGAACACUGUCUCAUGAACGAGCAGAGCUGCAGGCUGGUUGUUGCCUGAGUAACAAAACAACAACACUGAUGAAAAUAGUACAUCACAAUUUGAUACAGUGAUAUACAUUAAAAACUGAGUAAUAGAACAAAGUGAGCUGUGUACUCACAUCCUGCUCAAAUGGAAGUAUGUUUACUGUGAGAAUAAGAGUGAUAACCAUGUGAGAAUGUCAGGCUCAUGUGUCUUCAAUUAUAAAUAAAAUAUACCUGCAAUAUG